AUGGUGCGGCGGGCGGAGUGCGACGAAGUGGCGGCCGUGCGCAGGCGCCUUGAGAGGGAGCGGGCGGCGCGGGCGGCGCGGCUGGAGGUGCAGGAGUCGCAGCUGGCCGCCCUCGCCGAGCAGGAGCGCGGCGGCGGCGAGCGGCUGGCGGCCGUGCGGGCAGAGUUUGACGCGCUCUCGUCCGCCGCGGGGCAGCAGGCCCAGCAGGUCCGCUCGCUGGCUGCCCUCCGCGAGCACCUCGGCGGCACCCGGGCGGAGCAGGAGCGGGCCGCCGCCGCCCUCCGGGGCGACGUGGCGCGGCACGAGGCGGCGCUGGCGGAGGCGUCGGCCGCCCUGUGGGACUACAAGGCGGAGGCGGCGGCGCGCGUUGUGGCGCUGCAGCGGCUGGCGCAGGAGCGACAGGGCGAGCUGGAGCGUGUGCGCCGUCUCAGCGAGCACGAGGUGGACACGCUGGCGGCGCACAACAAGGCGCUCGCCGAGGAGCUCAAGACGACGGCGGAGUCGCUGCUUCGUGUCCGCGGCGAGGCGGGGGCGCUCGCAAGCACGACGAGGCAGGCGCUCGCCGACGGGCAGCUGGAGGUGCGGAGGUGCACGGGGGUUGUGGAGCUGGUGGGGGAGCAGAACGCGGGGCUGCGGAGCGCGAUUGGGCGCGCGGAGGAGCUGCUCCGCCAGUCGGCCCACCACACCGGUGCGAAGGACAGCAUCAACCACAAGAGCCUCGUCGAGCAGGCAAGCCUCGUCGGCGAGCUGCACGCGGAGCUUCAGUCAACCCUGGAGAGGGUGCGACUCACAGCGGCGCAGCUCUGCUCCUUGUGUCGCCAGCAGCUAGCGGCUGAGCUGCCGCCACCGCAGCAAGGCCAGUCCCCGAACCCGCGGGAUGGGGAGGCGGCGGCGCCGCGAGGAGGUGCCGAUGCGGCUGCAGGUCCGCCGCCGCCGCCGCGUGAGGGCGUGGAAAGCGGGUCCGACAAGGUGGCUGCGGCGCAGCCGGGCGCCGCGGAGACGCAGGCUGACGCGUCGCAGGAGGUAUCGCGCCUUCGCGAGGCGCUCGAUGCGCUGAGUCGCGAGCUGCUACAAGAGCGCGCCGCGCGCGAGGCGGGGCUUCAGCUGGAGGAGGACGGCGUGGGGAGAGGUGGUGUCGACGCGGAGGCGGCGCGGCGCGCCGAGGAGGAGUGGCGCCGGCUGGAGCGGCAGGACGCCGCGAAGAAAGGGGCGGGUGAGGUGGCGCUGUCGUACGCGGUGCAGUUUGUCGACGGCACCAAGCGGCGCGUGGACGCCUUUCCGAGCGACACGGUGGCGAUGCUGAUUUCCCGUGUUGCCCUUCGCGCCGGCAUUGUGCGGUGGCGCAUGUUCCACCUCGCACAGCUCCUCGACGAGGAGGGCGUGCUUGGCUCGGUGCACCGCUACCUGAGCCACGGCGCGACGCUGGAGGAGGAGGGCGUCACGCCGCAGACGGUCCUGCUCUUUGGGUUCAAGCACUACAAGCGGCCGCUGCACUGGGACGACGCCGUGGCGCAGGAGUGGUUCUUUCGCCAGCUCCAGCAGCACGUUGUGCGUGAGUACUACCCAGUUUCGGAGGCGGUUGCGGUGCGGCUCGCGUCGUACGAGCUGCAGGCGGUCUUUGGCGACUUCACGGCACAGAAGUCGCUUCUGUACUUUGACCAGGUUGGCCUUGAGGCGUACCUCCCCAUCUCGGUCUCGGCCCACGCCUACGACUACUGGCAGGAGCGGCUGGCGCGGAACCACCGACGGCGCGCCGGGCUGACCGCGGCGCAGGCGCGCUGCGGCUACAUCGACCUUCUCAGCGCGACGCCGUGGUGGGGGUUGACUUUCUUUGACGUGAGGGACCGUGACAACCGCCCCUUCCUCGCGGGAGUGGCGGAGGACGGCUUCUUUGUGUUCAGUGCGACGAAGCAGGAGUGCCUCGACGCGGUCCCGUUCCCUGACCUUGCCGGCUGGGAGCGUUGCCCCGCCGGCGUUGUGGUGCGGCGCCGCGGCUCCCACACAAUGACGCUCUACGCGACGAGCCAGCUGCAGGCGAAGGAGCUCGUGGACCUGCUGAAUGAGUACUACCUGCUGCUCCCGCAGCGGGUGCGGGAGGAGGCGCACAUUGACGUUGUGGACGCGGAGGGUGUGCGUGCUGGGCUGGCGAGCCCGACGCUGUUCGACUCCCCCGUGGUGGGCCGCCCGCCGCCCGCCCCGUACGGGUCGCGCGUGGAGUGCAUGAAGGCCGCGUACAUGUCGUACUGCACGGGCCCCGAUGAGUUGGGGCGGCAGCGCGCCCCGGCGGCGGCACUGCUGCGGGCGAUGGACCGGGCUGUGGACGACGGCACGGCGCUGGAUGCGCUGGAUCUCGCGCUGUCCGACCCUCCCGUCGACGACAGGCACUUUGCCGCCAUUGCGGAGAUCCUGACGUUUGCGCUCCGAGAGUACCGGCCGCCUGGGCCGCGCGGGGAGUGGAGGGAAAACGUUGACGUCACGGCGGUGCUGCUUGCGCAGCCCUCGGCGGCGCGGCAGCUCUUGUCGGCGUCCUCCGUGCCGAGAAUCGCAGGGGUGGUCGCGCUCUUCCCCGGGCUGCGGACGCUGGACCUCGCCUACAUCCCGCUGGACACGGCGGCGGAGCAGCUCGGCGGUGCGCUGGCCGCGGGGGCGACGCAGCUGCGGCGGUUGGUGUUGAAGGGCUGUCGCAUUGGCGCGCGGGCGCUGCAGUCGCUUUUGCCCGUCGUUGGGUCGCAGCCGCCGGGCCCCCUGGAGCACCUCAGCCUCGAGGACAACUUCUUGACGCACGCCGCCGUACACCCUCUCUGUGAGCUGCUCAGGCACGGCCGCACCGCGUUGGCGGAGCUGAACCUCGCGUUUAACCGCCUUGAGCCGUCGGGCGUCGAUGCGCUCGCCGCGGCCGCGCUCGCCGCGUCUCCGCAACUGCGGUCGCUGGACCUCUCCGGCAACCCCGGCCUCCAGCCGCCGUCGAUGCGGGCGGCCCUGCUGGUCGCCAAGGGCAGUGGCAUUGCCCAACUCGCCCUCCGCCGCUGCAAACUGCACUUUGCACUCCUUGGCGCGAUGGACGCGGAGCUGGUCUCCAACGACGACGUUGUGGAGCUGGACCUGUCGACGAACCCCCUUGGCGACGGCGCCGACGCACGCGCGGCAACGACGGCGUUUCGCUUUUUGGGUGACCGGCGGUCUGUGAGCCACGUGGAGGUGCUUCGCAUGGACGAGUGCGGCUUGACGGAGGACGGGCUGGGGGACGCGCUUGGGGGCGCCGUGGCGUCCAACCGCGCGCUGCGGCGGCUUUCCCUGCGCGGCAACGGCCUGGCGCGGGCAACGGGGUUCCUGCCGCCGCUGGUGGCGGAUGCCGUGGGCGUCCACCCUGCCCUGUGCGUCCUCGACCUGUCGGACAACGGCGUUUCACACGCCGGCUGCAUGCGGCUCUUUGCGGCCCUUGUGCGCAGCAAGACCAUCUGCGAGCUUUACCUUGACGGGAAUUGCCUGGGCGACGCCGUGGAGCCGGCAGGCUGGACGGAGCUUGUCGUGCUUCUCGAGAACAGUGCCUCACUGAACGUGCUCAGCCUGUGCAACACCGGGCUGCCCGACGCCGGGCUGCAGCGGGUGGGCGAGGGGCUUUCGCGCAAUGCCGCACUGCACACCCUCGUGGCGAGCGGCAAUGCCUUCACGCCGUCGGGCGUAGCGGCUUUUGCGCGUCUCAUCCACCGCAAUGUGGCGCUCAAGGCGUUGGACUUGUCGACGGAGACGCUUCGUCACGACGAGGCGGUGUACGCGGACACGCUCCGCCUGUUGUCGGGUGCGGGACGGCUUGAUUCCGUGCAGCUGUAG